AUCUGACCUCGUUUGCGAAGGGUCAGAUUGACUCAGAAGACCCAAGAAACAACGUCAUUACGCCAUCCAGCAUGGAGCACGAGCAAGCUACGUAGCCCUGAUAUGUCAAUGCGAAUAUAUGUUUGUACUGUACCAUCAACCUCCAUCCCCAACGUAUCCCCAACGUCGACAAGAGUUUCGUUUUCCCCGCGACCUAUCGCUGCUCUAUCUAUCGAGAGAGCUCCAUCAACCUCCAAAGUUCACACAGACCGACAAAUCACAAUACAACUCCCAGUCAAACAACAUCCCGUGUCCAACUCACCCCCACCACUCACAGCAAAAUCAAUCAGCAAAUCCACCUCAUCUCUGUCGUGAAUCAGAAUGCCACCCCCUCGAAUACGAAAGCUGGCGAAGCCACGUCCAAUGCGAGUCGGGCAGGCAUUGGCCACCGCGUAGGGAUCGUCCCGCGCUGCAGUCGGGCUUGACAUCAUCGCCACUAAGGAUUGCUUAUCUGCCCGCCAAUGCUGUCAUCCCACCGAACCCUUGCUGCUGGAGAAGAAGUAUCCUCGCACAAAACAGCGAGGAUACCCUUCCACCGCACUUUGCGAUCGACACUCUAAGCCUCCUCGCACAGCAGAGCAACUGAGGUGUAUAGCGCCACUGACGUACACCCGUUGUGGGAUUUCAGCAUGGAGUUGAGGAUAUAUACGCCUGUCUCAACCCCAACCCCAGCCUCCCCAUUCUCCACUACACUAUC